AUGGAUAAAAUUUUUAUAGAUGUUAUGUUAGAUCAACAAGUUAAUGGCAACCGAGUAGGUAGCACUUUCACGUCUACUGCAUACAAAGAAAUGGUUGUCAUUUGCCGUGAGAAGACUAAAAUUCCAUUGACAAAGGACCAUUUGAAGAAUAGAAUGAAAACAUUGAAGACUAACUUUAAUUCAUGUUACGAUUUAUUUAAAAAUGCAAUUGGAGUUCAAUGGCAUGCUGAGAGUAAGAGAUUUGAGGCCGAGGAAGAAGUUUGGAAGCAACUUAUUGAUGCUAAUCCAUCAAUUAAGAAGUGGAGAUAUACCCCUGCACCUCAUUAUGAGAAGUUGUUUGAGUUAUUUGCUUAUGACAAAGCGAAUGGUCAAGGAGCUUCCACUGUUGCCGAAAGAAAUGUUGAAAUUAUUCAAGAAGAAGAACAAAGAGAUGAUAUACAUGUGAGUUUUGAAGUAGACAUUGAUAGUUCACCAUUUGUCGAAGGAUUAAAGAAGAGAAAAAUUACAUCUGUUGAUGCUUAUGGCAAUAAGAAAAGUUCAGCCCUCGACUUAAAUAUCAAGGAAGUGGUUGCUGCAAUUGACCGUUCAAGUUCAUUUAUCGAGAAUAAGCCAUUUCAUCAACAAAAGUUAAAUGAGAAACUCUAUAAAGAUUUAGUUUCUGUUGGUGUUCUAGAUGAAAAUAUACUUGAUGUUUAUCUAUUCCUAGGAGAGAAUAAGGAGAAGAUAUGCUUGUUAUGGGAUGUCCAGUGGAGAAGAGACUUGCUCUUCUGA